AUGGCUGCUCCAAAUGGCGUGACGUCACGCGGGACGUCCCUGUGCCCAUUUCUGCAAGUGAUCUGUAACUUCCGCGGCUCGGUGAACCAAGGCCUGGCUCUGGAAGUGGGGGAGAGCGUUCACAUCCUGGAGAAGUGUGAAGGCUGGUACAGAGGAUUCUCCACCAGGAAGCCACACGUCAAGGGUGUAUUUCCUGCCAGUUACAUCCACCUGAAGAAAGCCAUUGUCACAAACAGAGGGUAA